CAGUUGUUUAUCAAUACUCCAGGGAAGUAGACGUUAAUGAAAAAAUAAAUUGGUGGACAAUUCGGAUUUAAUAAACAAACAAAGGAUUUUUUCCGAAUAUAAUGGGACAUUAUAUUAAAUUGGUCGUGCGCAUAAUGCUGAAAAGCACAAUUACUACAGAUGAAAUGUAAACGGGAUGGCAAACAAGGGAAUAAUUUAAUGUCCAUACGUCUGCGGUUGAUUCUAAGUUAAGGCGACAGAUAAAAUCAUAUUACUUGAACCAAUUCCAUUUCUACCAGAUGAUGAAUUCAACAAAAUACACACCGUGUUGGAAUUCUACAGUACAGGACGAUGUUAAAGUAAAUAUUAACUCAAACAAUGUGUCUGGUCCAUCUAUUGAAGAGACGACCAUCGUUAGUAUAUUGUUAGGUUGUAUUAUUACUGUAACAAUAGUUGGAAACACAACUGUACUUCUUGCCGUGUAUCUAGAUCGCCGGUUAAGACACACAACGAAUUAUUUUAUAGUUAAUUUGGCAGCAGCUGACCUACUUCUUGGUGUAACAGUGUUGCCCUUGUCAGCAACAUUAGAAGUUUUGAAAUAUUGGCCUUUCGGUGAAAUAUUAUGUGAGUUAUGGGCUUCUGCCGAUGUUUUGUGGUGUACCGCGUCAAUUUUAACCCUUUGUGUGAUAAGUAUUGACAGAUAUAUUGGAGUAACACGGCCUUUGCAACAUUCUAGUAUAAUAACAAACAGAAGAGCUGCUCUGAUUAUCGCCUUUGUGUGGGUUUUAUCCGGUGUUAUUUCAGUAGGACCACUGAUUGGCUGGCGGGAAAGUGGUGGCAAUCAAGUAUAUGAGUGUACUGUUACUAAGCAAAUUGGAUAUGUGAUAUUUUCAGUGUCUGGGUCGUUUUAUAUACCAUCAUUUAUAAUAAUUGUCGUUUAUAUCAAGAUAUAUCGGGAAGCAAGCAAACAUACAAAGUUCUUAAAUAACGGCUCAAAAACGAUAAAGAAUGGCGAGGAAAAUGGAAUGAUUCUUCGUAUUCACACAGCAAGGUUUAGUCACGCUGGUAUGCCGACAUAUAAUGGGAGCAGUUCAAGCGAAAACUCCGAGGGUUCCCUUCGUAAACUCAGCUCAAGAAUUACCCCGGCCGGAAAACUUGCAAAGUUUAAACGAGAGAAAAAAGCAGCCAAAACCCUCGGGAUUGUAGUCGGUGUUUUCAUAUGCUGCUGGUUCCCUUUCUUUUUCUGUCUACCUCUAGAUGUUCUCUGUGAUUCCUGUCAUGUGCCCAACAAACUGUUUACUGUCAUUUUCUGGUUGGGUUAUUGUAAUUCUCUCAUGAAUCCUAUUAUUUACGCUAGUUCCAGUCGUGAAUUUAAAAGGGCCUUCUUAAAAGUGCUACGUUGUCAUUGGGUACGGCGGUGUGAUAACACACACAAUAAUUACAUGCAUCGUGAUUAUAAGACAAGAAAAUUGUCUUGCUACGUCAGUAAAGAAUAUGGAUCAGAUAGUGCGACAGUUCAUGUACAAAAGAAAAACUCCUGUUCCACACCACGGAGAUCUAAUUCCCCUGUGAAAUCAUUAAUUGUCUUUCAAGACAGGAGAAAGCUGUCUUCGCCAUCAUCCAACCUUGAUCAUCUGUCGAAGAAAUCGUCAUUCAGUGAUUUAGGAGAUGACGAUUACAACAUUAUCCACUUACAAGAUUUAGAUUGUGUGUCCAGAAAGUACUCCGCCAUUGUUUAAUUGUUAAUGCUUAAUGAUUCAAUAGAUUCAAGCGGUUCGGCUAGUGAAAACUAAAGUGUGUGUUGCGCUGGUCGCAACUGGUUUUGGUUGAAAAGAUCACAGUCACAGAUGCUGUAAUACAUUUAUAGUUGUUAAGCGAAAGAGGCAAUUGUCAAACGUUAUUUUAUAUUUAUUAUAUUAUGUAUUUGUUUGUCUGUUUUUAUAUUUAUUUUCUAUCUAUAUGUGAAAAACAUUUAAAUUUUGUCACGAUUACUUAUGAACACACAGAAAAAUGAGUUCGAAUGAUGUUCAACUAAAAGACUAAACAUACUAUUUAUUAUAUUUUACGUGU